AUGUCGCGUCCAGAAGACAGCCGUGAAGGACUGAGCCCAUUCCUACCUAUCUUCGAUAUCCUUACCGGAGAUGAGGAUGAUGAUGAUGACGUCGACAGUUACCAUCCAACCGAGGAACGAAGUAGAGACACCAGUGGCUUGCAAGACGAGGACAGCGAUGCCGACUUCGUCGAUGCUCAAGAAAGUUUAAAUGGAAUCGAGAUAGUGUUCGAACCAGUCGGGCAAGAUGAGCAAGAUGAAGAAGACGAGGGAAACCAGACAGAAACUGAGUAUGCUACACGCCGUAUUCGACCUGCACAGGUGACGGCCGCCGACAGUCGAGGCCUAUUGAAUGUGAGUGCACCUCUCAGACAACUCCUCAGUCGAUAUCGCCUGCUUGGACCUUCUGGCCGUGACCUCUUUGCGGACGAUGAUGACGAUGACGACUACGAGGGUCCUGCAUACGGUAUUUUCGGUGGUCGUCGACGAAGGCGGAGGCCGAAACCGGCAGGAGACCGUUUCCCCAAAGUUCCCAGCGAGAAUGGCAAGGCUUUGAUGAACUCCGGAAACUAUGGCAACCGCGACGAGUUCGUGGACAUACAGCGGAAGAGAAGACGCACAGUCAGUGAACGUCUUAUGUGGCGACGGUUAGGUCUCGACGCUCGUUCGAGUAUGAGACGACAGAAUCGUCUGAUCGCUCAGGAUUCGGUUCCGUCGACCGGGACGGCAGACAAGAUCAUCCACUACGACAGCCGGGCGUACUCUGGGCAAUUUUCGGAUGAUGGAAACUUCUUCUUCAGCUGUACUCAGAACUUUAAGGUGCGCAUGUACGAUACGAGCAAUCCCUACGAAUGGAAGUACUACAAGACCGUCGACUAUCCGUUUGGUCAAUGGACGAUCACGGACGCCACCCUGAGCCCUGACAACAAAUUCCUUGCAUACUCCUCCAUCCGACAUACAGUUUGCCUCGCGCCCACCGACCCGACCGACCACUCUGACUACACCCUCCUCGACUUUACCAACUUCGCUCCCGGCUCAGGCAUGGGUCACCCCACCUAUGGCUACAUGGGCCGACACGGCUUUGGCAUCUGGUCACUACGGUUCAGCGGUGACGGACGCGAAAUUGUGGCUGGGACCUCUGACCACAGCGUCAUAGUCUACGAUCUGGAGCGCCGCCAAUCAACAGUCCGCCUCUCCAACCAUGAAGACGACGUCAAUGCCGUGUGUUUCGGCGACAAGUCCUCUCCUCACAUCCUCUACUCUGGCUCAGACGACCAAACUCUGCGUGUAUGGGAUCGACGGUCUAUGGCCGACGGUCGGCCAGCGGGCAUCUUUGUCGGUCACACGGAGGGCCUGACGUACGUGGACUCCAAGGGGGACGGACGUUACGUGCUAUCGAACGGCAAAGACCAAAUGAUGAAGCUCUGGGACUUGCGCAAAAUGAUCUCGCCCAACGAAUUCGCCAAGAUCGACCUGCAUACAUACACGACCAACUUUGACUAUCGCUUCAGCAAUUAUGUGGAUGAUGACUACAUUCCCAACCCUAAGGAUUGUAGCAUUGUAACCUUCCGCGGCCAUAGAGUUCUCAAGACCUUGAUCCGUUGCCACUUUUCCCCGCCCGGCUCGAGCAAUUCGCGGUAUGUUUACAGUGGAAGCGAAGACGGUAAAGUGUGGAUUUGGAAUCUGGAUGGCACCCACAAGGCUACGAUCGAUGUUUAUCAGGCCACCAAAUUCACCCGGCCACGCACCGAGGGAGGUGAAGGGUUUGGAUACGAAUUGCACGGACACCAUAACUCUAUAUGGAAGACCUGUGUCCGGGAUGCGAGUUGGAGCCCGACUGCUCCUGUUUUAGCUGCAACAUCCUGGAACGGCUAUGGCAUGGCAACCGGCACCGUGUCAUUGCAUAGCUGGAAUGACGGGGCUGAAGAUGACGAGGCCCUUCCCGCCAUGGCCUCGAACUACAAUGCACGCCUCGACAUGCGCGAUGACUAUAAUGCCUGGGCGCGCCGGGCUAAUGCUACACAAAAGCCAAAGGCCACGCGCAGUCGCGCUGGUGGCCGUGGGCUGAGGAGCUCUAUCGUCAGACCGCAAAGGCUGGGUGUCGACGAUGAUGACGAUGACCAGGGAGGAGGGAUCUGGUGA